UAUCUACCCUCCCUCCCUCCCUCCCACUGUAUUAGAUUUUUAUUUCCAUUUAGUGUCACAAUAAGAAUCCUUAGAACCCUAAAUAGAAAGGAAAGAAAACAUGGAACCCAAACUCAGAAUGCAAAUCAAAGAAACAGUACGAGAAAUCUUGGAAGAAUCUGACAUGGAAACUACAACUGAACAUCAGAUUCGUAGGUUAGCAUCCAACAAGCUUGACCUUGACCUUGAUAAAUCUGAGUACAAGACUUAUGUUAGACACGUCGUUAAUUCUUUCCUCGAAGAACAAAAGGCCAAACAAGAAGACGAUGAAGAAGAAACAGGCAAGCAGGAGCAAGAGUAUGAUGAUGAGGGCAAUCUUGUCAUUUGCAGGUUGUCAGCUAAGAGAAAAGUGACAAUACAGAAUUUCAGAGGAGCAAAUUUGGUGUCAAUAAGGGAGUAUUACUAUGACGGUGGAGCAGAAAGACCUACUACUAAAGGAAUAAGCUUAAACGAGGAACAAUGGUCGACCUUGAGGAAGAAUAUACCAGCAAUUGAGAAAGCCGUGAAGGACAUGCAGGAUCGGGAUAUGUGAGAGUGAUUCUGCCGUCCGGGUUUUCAAAUGCUCGGAGGUGUCUUCGAAGAAUUAACUAUCACCAUGUUUUGUACUGUUUCUGUAUAUCAAGUUCAGACAGCCUGUUGUCGGCAUCUUGAAAUACUUCAUGUCUUGCAAGAUUUAACUGCUGCUAUGGCCUGUGCCUGUGCCUCUUGUGAUAUUACUGUAGACAGCUUGUUGUGAAUCAAUGUUACCCUACUGGCCUUGAUAAAUUCUCCAGUUUAUGGAGUCGCCAAAAUUUAAUGCAAA